AUGACUUUGAUACAAUCAACAAGCUUGUUAUGUUUAUUGAUCUGUUGCUUUGUAAAGAAUGCUUCGGCAUCGCCUGUAUUUCACACUGUCAAUGACUUUGAUGCGAACGGCUAUCAAUGUAGUUUGCCCACCUAUCAUGCCUAUCCAUGCCCUCAAUUGUGUGUCCGUGAUAUUUCGCAAUGUCCUCAAGACAACAGGCCUCCUACUUGUCCUCAAGGCACCACUUACUGUGUCGACGGUGAAUGUCGUGAGACUUGUGAUGCUUCGCUUAAAUCCGCAUGCGCUUGCCCUGGCGCCCCUGCAUUGGUCGGCAACGUCUAUUCCUGUGGCAAGAACAACAACCUCCGUACGAAUAUUGAAAAGUUUGAUGCUACUAACAAGACAAACCAAAGCGCUGUUGCUUGUGCUAGAGCCGCUGGUCUUGACAACAUUCCUGUUUGGACUGCAAAUCCUGAAUCUGCCAUGUGGGGAGAGUGUCCUGCCGCUGACUAUGGUCAAUUAACGUUUACUGAGCCUGUCUACAUUGCUCUGUAUGCCUUUUAUGGUUCUUGUUUGCUGACACUGAUUGCUUGGACCUUGUACAAGAAGUCAAAGGAGAAGUUGAUCAAGGCCAACUUUAACAAGGUUCAGGAACUCCGCACCGAGGAAUACCAUGACAAGGAAAAGAGCGCAUUAGCCAAAGCGGACGCUGCCAGCUCCAACAGUGCUACUUCGGAUGAUGAUCUUUCUUCGAUUGAAGAGGAGCAUGAUAUGGUGAUCCAUGCCUACAAGCGUGAUUGGUUUGGAAACAUCAUCACUGCUGUUUUCUUCCUUCAAACGAUUGGUCAAAUAGCCUACAUGAUUAUGAUGGUGCAAGACUAUUACACUGUGUACGAGAAAUUCCGUGGAUUUGGUGAGAUCCAAGCUAGCACCUUUAUGGGCAUGUGGUACAUCUUCUUCUUCUGGUUUGCUGCUUUGACCAUUUUCCGAUUCAGAUUGCCCAACUUUUUUAGAAUUCGUUGUUCUUAUGCUCAGGGUCAAUAUGUGCAAGUGGAGCGCAAGGAGGCUGCCUUGAUUUUCCUCGAAGAUCAGUCUGAUAGACUCAUGGAAUUUGUGCGCUACUUGGAAAUGACAGCAAAGCGUAUCGCGGGUUUGGAUGUGGUAGUCACCAACGCUCCUCUCAAGUUUACCUCUAGUGGCACCAAGUAUUUCAUCUACCAAUGUACUCGCUAUGUCUAUCACCCUGAAACCGAGCUGUUCUCACCUCAUCAGUUCCAUCUGGGAGAGACCAAUGCUGAACUUGCCUCCAUCACACAAGGUCUCACCACGGAAGAAGCGCGACAGAGAGAAGAACUCAUUGGCCCCAACUUCAUUGAAGUCUAUGUGCCCAACUUUGUGGUCGCCAUGUUCCAAGAGUUUUCGUCCUUUUUUUACAUUUAUCAGUUCACCAUUCUCUGGCUAUUCUACUACUUUGCAUACUGGGAGGUCGGAAUUGCCGACACCGCUGUUAUUUUGCUGUCUGCACUCGUCAAGGUGGUUGUGCGUCUUCGCUCUGAAAAGCGUAUCAAGAGCAUGGCCGAGUUCACUGACCGGGUUCAAAUCCUGCGUGAUGGUACCUGGCAAGACAAGUCCACUGCUGAUCUGCUGCCUGGUGAUGUGUUUGAAGUAGCCGAGGGUAAAACAACACCCUGUGAUGGUGUCAUUCUAAGUGGUAACAUUGUUGCUGACGAAAGUUCUCUUACCGGUGAGCCCUUGCCUAUCCGUAAAUUCCCUCUCAAGACAGAUGACAAUGCAACCUAUGACCGUGUUGGAUCGAGCAAGAUUUCUACCAUUUUUUCAGGUACCACUAUUUCUCAGGCACAACCUACUGAAAAGGGAGGUCGCGUAACUGCGUUGGUGACACACACUGGUACAGCAACUGAUAAGGGUGAACUCAUCAAGAAGAUUCUGUUUCCUACGCAUGUCUCCUUCAUCUUUAAUGAACACAUUAAGAUUGUUAUUUUGAUUCUGCUCAUCUACAGUGUGUUCUGUCUUGGUUUGGCCAUCUGGAUGUAUGCUAAAGGAACAAGUGCCUGGUUCUAUGCCAUGUUUGUCAUUUCUCAAUUGAUUUCUCCCUUGCUUCCUGCUGCUUUGGUGGUAGGUCAAUCUGUUGCUGCUGGUCGCUUGAGAAAGAAGAAUAUCUUUUGUGUUGAUUUGCCUCGUAUCUUGAUGGCAGGCAAGAUUCAACUUUUCUGUUUCGAUAAAACGGGUACUUUGACAAAAGAGGGUCUUGAGUUUUACGGUGCUCAGCCCGUGGUUGACUCUAACAAUAUCGUGGAAAACAGACGCAACAACACGGUAGCCGAAUUUGGUAAACAUGAAGAGCAGAUUGAAGAUAUUCCUUAUUUAAUGCAAAUUGGUCUUGCCACGUGUCAUGCUGUCACUACCUUAAAUGGUCAAUUUAUCGGUAACCCUGUCGAUAUUGAAAUGUUCAAGUCCUCAAAAUGGCAGUUACGUGAUCGCUCUGACUAUGUUGAUUCCUUGACGCCUGCUAACAAUCCUGAUGCUGCUGUCCAUGUCUUGAAGCGCUAUGAAUUUGUCCAUGCUCGCAUGUCCAUGUCGGUUGCUGUGCUUGAUUCCACUACCAACAAGAUCCAUAUUUUUGUCAAGGGUGCCUAUGAAAAGAUCAAGGAUUUGUCUAACCCUGAAUCCGUACCUAGAGAUUACGAUCGUGUCACUGCCAAUCAAGCCAGACAAGGUUGCUAUGUGCUCGCUCUCUCUCAUCGCGAGAUUGAUAUGGAACAGAUCCCUGGUGGAUUGGAAGCGUUCAACCAUUGGACUCGCGAUCAAAUGGAAGAAAACAUUGACUUUUUAGGCUUGGUUAUCUUUAAGAAUCAAUUGAAGCCGGACACCGCUGAAAAUAUUGCUGAAUUGAAGCGUGGCGAUACGAGAACUAUCAUGAUUACUGGUGAUACUGCCCUGACGGGUGUUUAUAUUGCUCGUCAAUGUGGGUUGGCUUCAAGCGGCAAUCCUCGUGUCUUGUUGGGUGAUUACAACCAUAGCAUGAGCCGUGUUAUUUGGUCUGAUGUCGAUGAACCUGAUACUUUCCCAGAUGUCAAUGUGGAUGAAUACCUGCUGAACAAGGACCAUACGCCUAUCGAACUGGCUGUUACUGGUAAGGCUUUCCAAUGGCUGGUAGACCGUGAUUUGAUCCGCAAGUAUUUGCUGGAUAUCCGUGUGUUUGCUCGUAUGACGCCUAAUGGUAAGGUGCAAUGUGUGCAACUUCACAUGGAAAGAGGAAUCACUGCCAUGACGGGUGAUGGUGGUAAUGACUGUGGUGCUCUUCGUGCUGCUCAUGUCGGUAUUGCCAUGUCUGAUGCUGAGGCCUCUAUUGUGUCUCCCUUCUCUACAAGCAACAGAAGUGUGCGUUCCUGCGUCGAGUUGAUUCGUCAAGGUCGUGGUGCUCUUGCUACAUCUAUCAAUGGUUACAAAUACUUGAUUUUGUACGGUCAAGUCAUGGCUAUGCUCAAGAUUUUCGGCUUCUAUUUCUCAGUAUCCGUGUCCAAUCUGGUUUGGAUUGCUGUCGAUGUGCUUAUCACUGUGCUGUUGACGUGGGCUGUCUCUCAGUCCCGUGCUGCUACUCGCUUGGAAGCUCAGCGUCCCACAGCCAGACUACUCGGUCCUCAAACACUUGCCUCUGGUAUGGGUCUUGUUGCCAUCAACUGGCUCUUCUUGAUCGGUGCAUUUGUGAUGCUGUACAAGCAGCCUUGGUUCCUCUGUAACGAGUUUGAUUCCUCUGCCGUUGAUAUGUCUAAAUGGUACCUUUUAGCCGAUAACUACGAGGGCGAGGUGUUGGCUUUGGUCUGUUUGUUUCAGUUCAUCAACAAUGCUGCUGUCUUUAACUUUGGAUACAAGUUCCGUAAAGCGUUCUAUCGCAAUUACACAUUGGUCUUCCUUUGGUUGGCCUACCUUGUCAUGGUCUCUCACUGGAUGUUGGCUGAUCCUAACCAAUUUGGCUGUCUCUUUAGAUUCAACUGCGGCACCAAAGAAGUUCUGGAACAAAUCAAUUAUACGCCUCCACCUACCAAUGUCGAACAGUACAACACGCCUUUGGGCCAUAAUGUCAUGCCUCCUGAUUUCCGUUGGAAACUUUGGGGUCUUUGCAUGGGUAAUGUGGUAGCCACUUUGGCGUAUGAAAGAUUCGUUGUUCUUGGCCCCGUACAUACUUUCCUGGCAAAGAAGUUCCCUGUAGACAGGUUGAAGAAGACCUUGUAA